AUGGCCUACGUGCUACGAUUCAUUAACAACGCUAGAAAGAAAGGGGAAAGGAGUCCGUCGACUGGAUUACUUACCCAAUCGGAGCUGAAGGCUGCCGAAACUGCAAUAUUGAAACAAGUUCAACUAGAGGUAUUUCCGGAAGAAGUGACUACAUUGAAAAAUAAUCAAGUGGUGACAGGAAACAAGCCGGUUCCAAUAAAGAAAUCCAGCACUAUAUACCAACUAAUACCGAUGUUGGAUGAAGAGGGACUGAUGCGGCAGAACAGUCGUAUUUCAGCAGCGAAACAUUUGCAUCACAGCGUGCGCUUUCCAGUCAUCCUGCCAAGGAAGCAUCGAUGCACGGAACUUCUUGUUACACGAUUUCAUCGCCUUUACCGUCAUGCAAACUCCGAAACUGUGGUGAACGAAGUUCGUCAACUGUUCGCAAUAUCAAAACUUCGAUCCGUAGUGAAGGGGAUCGGAAGAAAUUGCCAAUUCUGCAAGGUCCGCAAGGUACGUCCAACUGUUCCUCCGAUGGCACCUUUGCCAGCAGCACGGUUAGCCGUACAUGUUCGUCCAUUUAGCUACGUCGGAGUGGAUUACUUCGGCCCAUUACUGGUCAAACAAGGUCGUUCGAAAGUGAAAAGGUGGAUCGCGCUCUUCACGUGCCUUACUGUGCGCGCAGUCCAUCUCGAAGUGGCAUACAGUCUUUCUACUGCAUCGUGUAUUUCAUGUAUCCGACGAUUUGUAUGUCGUCGUGGGUCACCCGUGGAAUUUUUCACGGACAACGCUACGAACUUCCAUGGGGCCGAACGUCUGCUCCGUGAACAAAUCAACGAAGGGGUGAUAUCCACGUUCACCAGUGCCAUCACGAAGUGGACCUUCAUUCCACCAAGCGCUCCGCACAUGGGUGGUGCGUGGGAGCGGCUAGUCCGCUCAGUAAAAGCUGCGAUUGGGGAUGCGUAUACCGAAGGGAAUCUCAACGAUGAAGAGUUACAAACCGUAAUCGUAGAGGCAGAGGGCAUUGUAAAUACUAGACCACUCACGUACUUACCACUUGAUUCUGCGGAAUCAGAAUCCCUCACGCCAAACCAUUUCCUACUUGGAAGCUCCAAUGGAGUCAAGCAGCCAUGCAUAGAUGAAGAAUGUUUGAAAAGAACCUUCCCUGAGUCGUGGGGAGAUAUCCAACGUCAGCUCAAUCGAUUUUGGCAACGCUGGCUGAAGGAAUACCUUCCGGUAAUCCGGAAACAGUCUAAGUGGUUCGACGAAUCGCGAUCAGUGAAGGAUGGAGAUCUGGUGUUGAUAGCGGACGAGGGAAAGCGGAAUGGUUGGAUACGUGGUAUCGUGAUCGAAUCGAAUCAAGCAGCAGAUGGACACGUUCGUCAAGCUUUAGUUCAGACAACGGGAGGUGUUCUUCGACGACCUGUAUCGAAACUGGCUGUUCUCGAUGUAAGUAGUAACUGUGCGGUCAAGGAAGUCAGUGGACCGCACCCGGGGGAGGAUGUUGCCACAGCGACAUCGAGCAAACUGGCAACAGUUUCAUCUAAUACCGCACAACGAUCCGCCAGCCUACGUUUGAAGGACUCUAAACGUCGAAACGUCUUUCAGCGGAAAGAGAAAGGUACAAGUCAAAACAAUUGUAAACAGAACGCGUGCGGGUGA